UAGUACAUAAAUAUAUAUAAUAUUUAGAAGUAAAGAAAAAGUUAUAACAAAACCCAUGGCAGACGACAAGGAGGUUCUUAGAGAAAUAUGGGAGGGACGUCUACCAAUUUGUUUUAACAUAAGUCCUGAUGAAAUUACGACAGUUGAUCAGCCUGAACCAUGUUAUCUUCUCGUUCCACGUAUGAGUUAUUUUCCACUUGUGACAGACAAAGUAUUUAGGCAUUUCCAAAAAGCAAGUAAUCAAGAUGAUAUUGAUAAAAUGUGGCUGGAAUAUAAUGGCCAACCCCUUAAGUGGCAUUAUCCUAUUGGAGUUCUUUAUGACUUAUAUGGAGAAAAUGUUUUGCCAUGGCCAGUUACUUUACACUUUAAAAAAUUUCCUGAAACAGAAAUUAUGAAGUGUCAUGGGCGAGAUGCAGUUGAAGCACAUUUUAUGUCUGCUGUAAAAGAAGCAGACUCAUUGAAACACCGUUCUGUAGUAAUAAAUGCCAUGAAAAGAAAUGAUCAUAAGCAGCUCUGGAUGGGGCUUUCAAAUGAUCGCUAUGAUCAAUUUUGGUCAAUCAAUAAAAAACUAAUGGAAAGAGUAAAUAGUGAACCUUUUCGUUGUAUUCCUCUGCGAGUACAUCAAAGAUAUAAGCCAAUGUUGAUGAAAUUUUGUAAAUCUGUAUCAGAGAAAGGAGAACUUAACACAUUAGGAAACUUUUUUCAAACUUUUCUGCCUUUUAUUUUGGAUGAAAAUGAUCAUUCAAAAUAUUCUAAAAACUGGAAAGUUAUUAUUCAAGGAAUAACACCAAUGCUGAAUACCCCUUUACAAUGGAUGAGUGAACAUCUAAGUCAUCCUGAUAACUUUCUGCAUAUUAUUUUGAUUGAAUUGAUAUGUUAGUAAUAAAAAAUCAAAAGUUUGGUUUUUGUUUUAAACAUUUUAUAUAAUUUUUC